AUGGCGUCUAUUGUAGAUACUGACACAAUCGGAGCAGACGCGGUCGGGCGCAGGAUAGCAGGCGCCAAUGAGAAGACACUGAUCACGUAUUCUGAGCAGUAUGGCGGGCAACAGCAACCAUCCAGUCUUGAGCGCUAUAUCAACCAUUCUUCGGUUGUCAACUUUGGUGUGAUUAUACUAGCAUCGUGGGAAUCUUUCGCUGUUACUUUCCAAUUUGCACUCGCAAAUGGCGGCCCAGCAUCUAUGUUCUACGGCUCGAUCCUGGCUGGCUUCGGAGCCUGUUCAGUCGGAUUCUCACUAGCUGAGUUAGCCUCAAUCGAUCCGACUGUCGGUGCACAGUACCGCUGGUCUGCGAACCUCGCUCCUGGCGCGAACAGGUUCUGGGGUUUACUCCAAGGAUGGAUCACGACUGCUGCGUGGUGCUUCGCAUGUGGAGGACCACCGUCCAUCUUGGCAAAUAUUAUCACUUCAUUGGCCAUCUUCAACAAUGACGACUAUGAGCCGCAACGAUGGCAUACUAGUCUCAUCAUGAUAGGUACCCUUAUCCUUCCAUUCCUUUUCAACCUUUGGUUUCGCAAAUUCCUCAACGCUUUCGAGAUCAUUGGUGGAGUCUUACACAUCAUCUUGUUCGUCGCCUUCAUUGUAGUUCUUCCCGCUCUUGGACAACGCAGCAGCUCCGACUACGUUUUCAAGACAUUAACCUCUGAUGUCUCGGGAUGGAGCGACGAGGUCAAGAAGGCUAGAACACGAGUUCCACGAAGCGUCAUCCUUGCUUGUGUGGUCAACUCACUCAUGCUCUUUGUCUUUGUCACGAUUUUGCUCUUCUACGUCGGCCCGCUGGAUGACAUUGUUACUGCUCCGCUCCCUCUCAUCCAUGUGACCUACAGCGCAACUGGCUCGAAAGGUGCUACCAACACCCUUGUAGCGCUAGUUGCCGUCAUUAUCUUCUUUGCCUCCUUCAACAUGCUGGCUUCAGUAUCUCGUCUAGCAUGGAUGUUUGCGAGCGACAAAGGGUUGCCUUUCUCCCGCUUCUUCUCGCUUCUCGACCCUACUUUCAAGCUACCGAUAAAUGCACUGCUUCUCAUUGUGGGCAUCGUGACCUGUCUCUCUCUCAUCUACAUCGCGUCGGCUACAGCAUUCAAUGCCCUCAUCUCUCUCCAAGCCCUUGCUCUUCAUGUCUCAUAUUUCUUCCCGAUCCUUUUCCUCUUGCUCCGAAAGCUCCGUGGUCCACCACCACCGUAUGGACCAUUCAAGCUAGGGGCUAUAGGGAUUCCGAUGAAUAUGUUCGCACUCGGCUACAUCAUCUACGUCGUUCUUUGGAUGCCAUUCCCUCAGAUAUUACCAGUCACAAAAGACAAUAUGAAUUACGCAGGUCCGAUAUUUGGAGCAGUCUUGAUAGGCGCGCUGAUCGAUUGGCUCUGGUUUAAUGUGCCCGAGCUCCUCUACGAAUAUGUUUGA